UUCUCCUCCCCACCCUCUCUUUCUCUCUCUGGAUGUAUAUAAAUUACAUAUAUCAUCAUUAGUACUUAAGCUUUCUUCUCUCUUGACUAAUACACAGAUACAGGCAAAGCCUAAGGUUUUGCAAUGAAACAAGUUUUGGUGCUGAUUAGUUACAAGAAUUUCUAUGAACAUUAUUGUUUCUGAGUUGGUGGGUCAGAAUUGGGUUCUUUCUUCAUCCAUUGGUUUCCUCUUAGCUUAACAGACAAGAACUUGAAAGCUGAAUUAUCUUCAACUUUUGGCAUUUCUUCUUGCUUUGGAUCAAAUCAUAUAUUGUGUUCAUUUUCACAUUAUCAACACCAUACCAAGAGGAAAGAGAUGUUGGGAAUGAAGCCUAAGACCACCGGAAUGCCGUCACCGGCAAAACGAAGCACCGCCGGCAGAAGAGGCGGCGGCGGCUCAGAGGCUGCGGGCUGGGAACUCAGGCCAGGAGGAAUGUUGGUACAAAGGCGGAAUUCAGAUUCAAAUCAAAGUUCAAUCCCAGUUCCCACAAUUAAAAUCAGAGUGAAAUAUGGUUCAUUCUAUCAGGAAAUCCAUAUUAGUUCUCAAGCAUCCUUUGGGGAGUUGAAGAAAAUGCUGGCAGGGACAACAGGGUUGCACCCUCAGGAUCAAAAAUUGAUAUACAAAGACAAGGAGAGAGAUUCAAAGGCCUUUCUUGAUGUUGCUGGGGUGAAGGAUGGAUCAAAAAUGGAGUUGGUUGAGGAUGUAAUGAGCAGAGAUAGGCGGUGUCUUGAAUCGCGCAAAAAUGCAAAGAUGGAUCAGGCAUCAAAAGAGAUCAAAGAAAUUGGCUUGGAAGUUGACAAACUUGCUAAGCAGGUGGCAAGUUUGGAAUCAGAAAUUGGUGGUGGAAAGAAAGUAGGGGAGACCCUUAUGGCGAAUUUGAUUGAACUGUUGAUGACACAACUGAUUAAACUGGAUGGAAUUGUUGCUGAUGGAGAUGCAAAAUUGCAGAGAAGAAUGCAGGUGAAGAUAGUGCAGAAGAACAUCGAAAUUCUUGAUAUGCUGAAGAUUAGAAAUUCGAUUCUUGGCAGCAAUGGGUCUAAAACCCCAUUGCAACAGCACCAAAAGAUCUCAACUGGGCAAGUGCCAAUACUAGUGCAAAAUCAGAAGGAGAAGAGGAAUUUGACAGGCCAUAUGCCAGGGCCAGUCGUGGUAACGACAAAAUGGGAAACAUUUUGAUUUGGGCAUUGCAGGCAACUCCAUUUACUUCUGCAUCUACAACCAAGCAUAAUGUUACUAUAAUGUGAAUGCUGAGUUUAAUUUGUAGUUGUUUGAGUGAGUUCUUAUGAACUUUUGAUGAUCUAAACUACUCAGAUGGUACUUUGGGGGGUUGGACUUGUUCUAGAUAUGUUCCUGGUGAUUUUGUUUAUUUCCCCAUUCGUUUCUGUACUUAAAAUUCCUAAGUAUCCCCUUUUAUCUUGAAGUAGGAAACAAUGGGGUUUGUGGUGCUUGGAUUGUGAUUUGUAUAUAUAGCAGAUAGUGAAUAUAUAAGCUUAAGGUUUGUUCAUACUUGAAUAUGUUACAUGAAAACUGUCUUUAUG